GACUACUCUGAUGAGGGAGGUGAAGUAGAAGAAAGUAGAGGAGCUCAUUCCCGCAUUCUGGAUUUUAAUGAAUCUACUGAUGCCAAGUUCACACUAAUGAAUUGUAUGCCUCAUUCACAGAUUCCGGUCAACCAUGUACCAACCUUUCACGAAAAUCUCUGGGCCAGACAUUCCCUUGAUCUCCUCAGUUGUAGACACAUAUCUCCUCCAGCAACUCCCAAGCCCAACGAGACUAUGCUAGAGAUCGUAGAUUCCAAUAUCAGCUCUGCUAGCAGUGGAGUAAUUGUAUCAAGAACCUCUUCAACAAUCCCCAAAAUUGAAGCCCUUCAAGUUGCUAAUACUAUUGACAGCUACGCCACCUCGAAUUCAUUCACUUUGCCAGAUAAUUGUGACAUGGUAAACAAACAUAAAUUUGGCGAAUGCCUCAUUGAUCAAAAAGGGUUUGGCUCGCCUCGAUCAACUAGGGAGUUGGGCUCGAUUAGAUCAUCCUUACCUCUCGAAGUGUGCACAACUUCACGCUGUCUCUCCUCGAAUUCAUUGUCUAUUCAGAAAGCUUCCAACUUUUCUAGAUCGCGUAAGUAG